UCUAGCUAGCUAUUGAUACACAAACUAACUACACUAAUUGUGUUGCUAACGGUUAAUACGGUGUUGGCUAUAUUAGCUAUAGAGUGUCUUCGUCUGCAUUGUAUUGCUAGCUGACUACGUAAAAUGUAUAUGCUUUCAGUAAUUAUGAACUAGCUACUUCUCUAGUCAAUAUAAUGGCACUGCCAGCUAGCUACUUCAUAACGCAGAAACUCAACUGAGAUAGCCUAGAUCAUUUAACUAAUCUGAAUUGGAUGAAAUGGAAUGUUACCUGGGUAAUUUAGCUGGCUGCCGAGGUUGCUUACGAGCUAUCCAGGUAUUGACUGUACGAGUUACUUGAUUUUUACAGAGAUGGAAGAAGACAUUUUGAGCACAACACUUGCAUAUAAAAAAAGCCCCAAGACAUCAAAGAGAACAUCCUUCCAGGAUGAACUUCAAGCUGCUAUUGCAGCCAGAGCAUAUAAGACUGAGGCUGAAGAGAGCUACUCAUACGCGGAUGACUUUGAUGAUGAUGAUUCAUUGGAACAGCUUCUCAGUCUGCGGAAAAAGAAGAUGGACAUGUUUAAAGCCGGAAAAAAGAAAGCGGUAGAAUUUAAUAUGUCCGACAAGGAUGAGAAAACCACGAAAGCGAAACGGGUGUCCUUCCUGAAGAGUGCGAGGAAGAGCUCCCCCACACCUAGCGGCUACUCAGGCCUGGGGAACGUGGAGAGGGACGAAAUGGAGACCGGGGAGAAUGGCAGCAGGAGUGGCUCCUCCCACUCCUCUCGCUCCGACAGGUCGGGGCCGAAGUCAGUGCAGUUUCGCCUGGAGCAGGACACCCCAAACAGCAGCCGGUCUGCGUCUCCCCAGCCUGGGUCCUCCGAGAGGCAGGAGGUACUGACCAGCACAGAGCAGAACUGGGGAGAGAUGGGUAGAGAGAGGCUGGGAUCGGAGACCGGCGGCACGGUGAAGGAAACAGCGAUUGACAGACGCAAGCAGGAGGAAAUGCCCGUUGUGGAGGACGAGAAGGGACAGAUGGACACGCCUGUCCCUAAACCCCGGGAACGAAAUGUCAGGAAGUCCCCGCGCUCAGGCAGUCCCUUCAGGGAGGAGCGGCCCAAGCCGAGGCCCCGGCAGCGGGCCCCCAAGGAGGGGAGCAACACCGAGGAGGAGAGCAGACCCCCCACCUCCUCCGUUUCCAUCCCCCUGUCCUCGGCCGACAGGGCAAGCAGCGCCUCCUCGGCUGGGGAAGUGGAGGCCUUCAGAGGCCACAGCCCUCAGAGGACAGAGGAGUCAGUAUCCCGGUUCAGUCAGUAUUCCUCAUCAGCAGGACAGCUGUCAGACUCUUUCAGCAGAUCUGCAGACGCAUUGGAUGGUUUGCCAGAGCAUGACAAGCAAGUCAGCAAGGAUGAAUAUGGUGCCAUAUCCUUUGAGGCUUACCAGGAGGACAAUGAAAAUGACUUGAACAGUGGUAACAGCGGACAUGUGACAGAAAAAUUACACGAUAGCAGCUCUCCAGGCCAGAGUAAGAAGAGGCCUAAAAGUGCCCAGGAACCGGCCGCCCAAUCUCGAUACCUGGGGUCUCUGAAGGUUUUGGACACCUUUGCAUCCCAGAUGAAAUCUGAGCCUGAUAUGGCAGACUCUGUCCGGGCCACUGUCUACCAGGAAUGGUGUAAAGGCAAAGGGAAAGUAAUAAAGGAAACGAUUAAAGUCAAAAAGCUGGAGGAACAGUUAAAAGAAGAGAAGAAGCAACAGGAGGAAGCUUCCAGAAAGGUGGACGCCAAAGCGUCCUUCGCCGCUUGGAAUGAGAAGAAAGCAGAAGUGAUAAAAGCAAAGCAAAAAGAGAAGCAGGAAAUGUUGAAAAAACAACAACAGGAAAUGGAUGAAAAGGUGGAGAAGAAAGAAAUGGCCAAGAAGGUCUUUGAGAAAUGGAAAUCAGGGCAGGAUGAGUAUUUGAAAGUGAAAUACAGAAAAGAGAAACGGGCAGAACAGCAGAUGAAGCACAAGAAGGAGGAGGAGGAAGAGGAACGAAAGAAAGACUGCAUGACCACCAUGUCAAAAUGGAGUCAAGAAAAGAAGAAGGAUAUCCUUGCAGAAGAAAGGAGGAAACGCAGGGAAGAAAAGAUAAAAGAAGAGGAGGAUAAAUAUAUGAAGGAAGAAAAGGGUAAAAUGGCAUUAGAGAUGUAUGAAAAAUGGCUGAAAAGGAAGGAGCGGCAAGAGAGGAGAGAUCGGGGUCAAAGAAAGAUACGCGCUAUUCUCCAAGACGAACCCCCUCCUCCAUGGAGCCCCCCGAACAAAACCGUACCGUUUGGAAGAUAAUCAUAACUGCUUAUUUUCUCUACUCAAUCGCGUCUGUAUUUUUAUAUGUUUUCUCCCUCACAAGAAGAACUUAAUUUUACACUGGAUCACACAAAUUAGACUCAAAUGUAUUGUUUUUUUAAAUCUGGAGUGCUGUAAAUGGCUGUUUUGCAAAAAUAUAAAUUUUUAAUUGUUUACUUUU